AAAAAAAAAAAAAAAAGAAAAGUAAGAGACAAGAAUGGAACCCAAGAGGGUACGUCUUUUCUUCUCCAUAGCUGUUCUUCUACUAAUUGUGCUCAACACAAAUGUUGAAAGAGCUGAUUGUGCAGAGAUGAAGAAAAGAAGCUCUGGGUGCAAUGGAACCAUCGCAGACUGCAUUGAAGAAGACGACCAAGAGUUCCUAAUGGAGUCUGAAGUGAGCAGAAGGAUUCUUGGUGAUGGAGGCAAAUUGACUUCUUUGUCUCUCAUGCCAGGAUCAGCUGUAUGUAAUGCAGAGCUAUACGGCAAUUGCAUAAAGGAGAUAAACGGACAAAAGGGAACUUGUACGCCCGCGAAUCGAUGUAGAUUCUAGACACAAUCCCCCACCAUGAUCAUAACGAAGGAGAGAGAUAUGUGCUGUGAUUAAAUCUCUCAGACUAAAUAAUGAUCUUGCUAUGUGGUCUGUUUUUCAUCCUUUUUUUGUUUUGUUAUCUGCAACGUUGGUAUGAUUGUGGCACUGUACGUUAGUAAAAAUAAUGUAAUGGAAUGUCAUGAAUAUAUAUUAUAUAAGUAUCUCUAUUC